GGUCCUCUAUGGAGCGUUCAGUCGACUGAGCGAUGACUCUGGGAUCAUCCUCUUUGUGCUUAAAGGGAAACUAGUCGAACCCGGAGCGGCAGGAUUCGGUCUCGGAUGCGGGGAGCUGUUCUUUAGCUAAAAUGACUUAUCAGAGGUUAUUCUCCAGAGCUGUUUGUCUCAGCAAAGUUGGAUCCAGGUCUGCAUUCACAAGCUCCAAACCGGACAUGGCUAACCCGAACUGGCUGAGAGUGGGUCUAGCCUUUGGGACGUCUGCUUUCCUCUGGGGCCUGCUCUUCAAGCAGCACAGCACAGAUGUUCAUGAGUACAAAGUGAGGAACGGCCUAGAAUGACCCAGCACAGCGGAGGUCGCAGCUUCCCGUCUAUGGAGGCCCCUGUGCAGGCUCUGUUUAUAUCCUCCCCUGAUUCCUUCUUUGUGGUCUGUGUAAAAUAAAAGUUUGUCAUGUAA